UGGAUGUGAGGCGCGAAAAGUAACGCAGGUUUUAAUUGACAAAUCGAGGUUAUUUAUUAAUAUUCGAGGCUCUUUGACGUUCCCCGAAUGUUUCGCGUUUUUUUCUGUGGAAAAUUUUUCUGAGACUAGCGGCCUGAAAAGAAGUUAAACACGGAAUUUUAGUGUCCUAGACGGUUAACUAUUGGUUAAGAAAUAGAUAUGGGACAGACUCUGAGUCAACCGAUAACAACAAAGAAAUCAGCCUGUUGUUGGGAUACCAACUAUCGAGUAGGUAGCUCCUGUAUGCAAGGAUGGCGUAUUAAAAUGGAAGACUCGCACGUGCAUAUACUUUCCUUACCCAAUGAUCCAGAUACUGCAUUCUUUGCAGUUUAUGAUGGACAUGGAGGUGCAUCCAUGGCGCAACAUGCCGGGAAGCAUCUUCACAAAUAUAUCACCAAGAGAAGCGAGUACAAAUCUGGUAAUAUCAUACAAGCUAUACAGCAAGGCUUCCUAGAGUUGGAUAAAGCGAUGCAGAACGAUGCUGCACUGAAGGGCGAGCCGGCUGGAACUACUGUUAUCGCUCUCCUCGUCAAAGAUAACAUUUUAUACAGCGCUAAUGCAGGUGAUAGCAGAGCGGUAGCGAGCAUCAAUGGCAAGACGAUACCCCUUAGUCGAGAUCACAAGCCUACAUUGAAGGACGAACGCGCGCGGAUUGAAGCCGCGGGUGGUUUUGUCGAAUAUAAGAGAGUAAACGGCAAUUUAGCACUGUCACGUGCUCUUGGGGAUUUCAUGUUUAAACGAAACGACCGGAAAUCACCGCAAGAACAAAUUGUUACCGCUUUCCCCGAAGUACAACAAUUCCCAAUUACGGAGGACUGGGAGUUUGUGGUUCUGGCAUGCGACGGCAUUUGGGACGUAAUGACCAGUGAGGAAGUUGUCAACUUUGUGAGAACGCGUUUAGCUCACACGAAGCUGGGGGACUCGCAAACAACGAGAAACGACAACAUAUAUCCCGAGGAGAUUUGCGAAGAACUUUUGAAUCACUGCCUAGCACCGGACACUCUGAUGGGCACCGGCUGUGAUAACAUGACAGUCAUACUCGUGUGUUUUCUCCACGGCAAACCAUGUUCGCAACUAGUCCUGCGUUGUCAAGAACCGUCGAGUAUAGAUUCUUAA